AUGAGUUCUGAUGAAGUAAGGAAAAAAACCAUGGGUCCAGUGAAACAAACAUUGAGGUCGCUCGAGACGCAGCUAAAAAAUCUACACCCCGGUAUUUCAGGUUUCGGGUUUGCUUAUGGAUCAAAGAAUGUGGCUAUGGCCGUUCGCUUGCUUCAAGAUAAACACGUCAUAGCGUUGCCCACGGAUACCGUCUAUGGCUUGGCAGGAUUGGCGCAAAGUAAUGAAUCUGUUAAAAAGUUGUAUGAAAUUAAGCAACGAGAUCCUUGUAAACCGCUGGCAAUUUGUGUCGGUGAAAUUGUGGAUGUAAAAUAUUGGGGUAUCGUCGAUUCUCUGCCAGAUGGAUUGUUGGAAGCGUUAUUUCCUGGACCUGUGACGUUAGUUUUAAAACGUACACCAAAGCUGAACCCGCUAUUUAAUCCUAAUGUGCAAAAUGUGGGAAUAAGAAUUCCCGAUGCAAAAUUUAUCAGAGAUAUUGCUAAAAGACUGAGGGAGCCGUUGGCUUUAACAAGUGCCAAUGAGAGCAACAAGCCGAGCACGAUACACCCGGAAGAAUUUUCGGCAUUGUGGUCGCAUUUGGGAGGUGUUUUUUAUCCAGAUGAAAGAGUCACAGUCAAUGGAUUGGCAAGAGCUGGGUCUACUGUUGUCGAUUUAUCUCAGCCUGGCGGAUAUUCUAUAAUUCGUAAAGGAAGCGCUGAAUUCGAAACUGUUCAAGUUUUGAAAAGCUUCCAGUUAGUAGAUUGUGAUGAUAAACAUUGAUGAAUGUAUGAACUCGAUUGUGAGAAAUAGCGAAAAUUACAUUUCCAUGAUACUAUGAUUUUGUUUUCAGAAAUCAUUGUUAUAAAAAACUACAAAUAUUUAUGUUAAAAUUUUUUUCUUUAAAAUACAGUCUAAACAAAGAAAAUAUUCUGUUAAUUUGUUUCCUCCAAUUCGUGCUGAAUAACAAAAGCUGGAUAGAAAAUGAUAUCAAAUACAUAAAAAUUUCUUAGAGAAUGACAAAUAUGAAAAUCUCUGUGUGCGUUGCAGGCUAAUGUAUUUCCGUAACCGCGUUGUAUUGUUUGUCAGUUUGUAUUAUUGAAACGAAUUCCAUAACUCAAGAUUAUUUACUUUCCAAUGCAUAUUGAAACAGGGGUUCGAGAGCUAAUCAAUUUACAAUGCACAAAAUGAUUACAUAGUUGAUGAUAUCGUUUAUUUCUAAGUAAUGUAAUAAUGAACCGGAUCGGCUCGGCAUUAGCAAAAUGUUCGGAGUGUAGUGCAUAGGUAUUAUCAUUGUGGUCUUUUAUUCACUAUUUAUUUUGCAGCUUUGAACAGUUAUGCUAGUAGUAAAAUCAAGUAGCAACAUUUAUUCUCAAUCGAUAACAAUAAUAAUAAUCGCGCUUAUUUUUGCUCAAAUUCAUUAGUUAUGUGUCAGUUUUAAAACCAGUAUGAUAUUGCUCAUCGACUGAUUAGGUGUCAGUGUAGAUGUCAAUGCGAUCAGAAUAUUUUUAAAACUAGCUACAUAUGUAGGAGCCUUUACAAGAUCACUAUAGAUAUUAUUAAUUAAGCUGCAAAUAAACAUACACUGGUUCAAGAAAAUACAAUUAUAGUGUCUUUUGUUUGGCAUAAUAUAGUACAGUACAGUUUGAGAAAAUCAUUGUAUCAUUUACAUUGCUAUAUCAACUGCUGACAACUCUUUCAUUUUUCUUAUAGCAUUCGCUAUUUAAAUAAUUUAUAAACUCGUGAGCUAGCUAAAUAUUGUCAUACUUGACAUAGAUAAUGUACAAUCACAUUUGCCCAAUGUCAAACUUAUUUUUUAACGACUCAUGUCGAGCUAUCCGCUAUUAUUAUUCUACAAACUGUAUAAUUGGGGAAUAGAAAUUGCAGCAGCAAAAGGCAUUGAAUUUCUUGUUAACCAGAAAGUCUUUUAAAGAAUUCUUUUUAAGGGACCAGCGAAUUUCUGAUCACAAGUCAACAAGAUAAACGUGCAAAAAUAUAUUACAAUGCAGAUUAUGAACAGAAAAUGCUUAGUACAAAUGCUAAUAUAACCAUUUUCGAAUAUUAACAACGCGCAGUUGGAAAUUUAUUCAAAUAUCGAAG